AUGUUCCGACCCGCCGCCCGAGCGCUUGCCCGUGCGCCUACUGUUGCCCGUGGCCCGGCGAGCACCCGAUUGAUAAGCACUGGUCCGGCGCCGAAGUCGAGAAGCUGGAAGAAUACCGCUGUUCGCCUGGGUCUGGCUGCCGGUGCCGUCUACUACUACAACACUAGCAAUGUGUUUGCCCAGGAGCCGUCCUUCUCUAUCCUGAACUCCAAGAAAGAAGAUGCCGAUGACUCUUCCCUCCCCACCCUUGAUUCCAUCACCCCCAAGAUCCGUCAAGAGCACGCUGCCCGGUCUCAGCCGAAGCCUCCUGCCUCCGAGGCUGAGAAGCUCGAGGGUGGCUUGGACGCCCAGAAACUUGAGGAUGAGAUGGAUGAAUCGGCCGCGUUCAACCCCGAGACUGGCGAGAUUAACUGGGACUGCCCGUGCCUGGGUGGCAUGGCCCACGGACCGUGCGGAGAGGAGUUCAAGGCUGCAUUCAGCUGCUUCGUAUACUCCAAAGAGGAGCCCAAGGGCAUUGAGUGCAUUGAAAAGUUCAAGGGCAUGCAAGAUUGCUUCCGCAAACACCCUGAAGUGUACGGCGCCGAGCUAGAGGACGACGACGACGACGACGUCGAGGGCGGCGCUGCCCCCUCCGGACAAGCCCCGUCCGCUGCCGACAUCGACGCCUCUUCCCACCCCGACGAGAAGCGCGCCCGUGCCAAGGAAGUCAAGGACCAGGUGAAGGCCGACAACGUCGACAAGGGCGAGCAACCCGAAGCUGAGGUCCUGGUUCCCAAGGCCGCCCACGACGCCGAGGACAAGAACUAA